AAAACAACAGAAAUGCCCCAACCCAGACUGAAGCUUGUGGUCACAGGAGAUGACUUUGGUUACUGUCCCAGGAGGAACCAGGGUAUUGUGGACUGUUUUUUGGCUGGAGGUAUUUCCAAUGUGUCCCUUUUGGUCAACGCUUCAGCAGCCAAACAGGCAGCUGAUCUAGCUAAAAGACACAGAAUCCCCAUUGGGCUCCAUGCCAACCUGUCAGAGGGCGAGCCGGUGUGUCAGAAUCUUCAGCAGGUCUCCACGCUCGUAAACUCACAGGGUUUCUUCCAUGGAAAAAUGGGCUUUCGUCAGGCCUUGGAGAGGGGCCAACUCAUCAUGAACCAGGUGGAGUUGGAGCUGAGAGCCCAGGUGAGACGCUUCGUCAAACUGACACGUCACCUGCCUCACCACAUGGAUGGACACCAACAUGUUCACGUACUGCCAGAUAUCCGUGAGGUGUUUGCACACGUCCUGUCAGAUCUAGGGAUUUUCUACACUCGUGUUCCAGUGGAACCAGGUUUACAGAACUGCCCGUGGCUGCCAGAGCACCUCCAAACUUUCUACACGCAGGUGGAAAAAGACGCUUUGGACUCUGUCCCUGUCUUCCGACGCCAUGGCAUCAGGUGGCCAGAUGUGUACCUGGGCCUGACGACUAUGGGUCAGAACAUGUCCCAGUCCAGUCUGCAGAAGGCCAUCAAACAGGCCUUGGCAGCAGGACUUUCUGAGCGGAGGUCCAGGAGUGGAUCAGGGUUUCAACAGUCCGUGGUGACAGCAGAGCUCAUGGUUCAUCCAGGAUACCCCAGUUAUCCCCAGGAAGGAGGCUGUGGAGAGGGUCCAGAUGACUUUUCUCAGUCCACUGAGCGACACCAUGAGCUCAGUGUGCUCACAGACCCGUCUGUCCUGGAUCUGUACCACCAGGAGAAAGUGCAGCUCUGUAGUUUUAAAGACCUUUGACCUUUGCCAUCUAAAUAUAUAUAUUAGUAACACUAAAACCAGACUCCACAUAAUAAGUUUAUUUACAUCCACCUAGAAUGUUAAAUCUUUGGUGUUUAAAAUUUUCUGAUCUGUCUGUGUAAAGGCCCUGUCUCACUAUGCUUUAGACAACUUAUGCCAACUUGUGAUAUUUUUGUGCCUAAAUUACUAAUAAAAGUUCUAUAUUUGA